CUGUUUCCGUCGUCUUCUUCUCCCUCUCCCCUCCAUUAUUUUGUGUGGUCCUUUGGACAUAUGCACAGAAGGGUUUUACAGAUAAAUUUCCAACGAACUAUUCAGUGUACGUGUCACAGUUGGCUUUGCUAAUGGUGGGAAAUUGGGAAUGGACCCAGGAAUCAAUUGACUACCAGAUAGUGCAUUGCUCUUUUCACAUUUUUUCAAGGAAAAGUGAUUGAUAGCUUUUGCUUUUUACAUCAUUUUUUCCAGGAAAAGUGAUUGAGAUAGUGCAGUUCCUUUUUGAAAAUUAGGCACCAUUGCAAAAGCAAAAGUACCUUACGCAUUCACAUCAUUUUUUCCAGUGAUUGUGCGUUUGGAGAAGAACUCUGAUCACUACUCAUUCACUUUCCAAUGGCGUUGAGCAGAGCCCCAUCGGGUUCAGCUUUCCCGUGGAAAUACGACGUGUUUUUGAGCUUCCGAGGUGAAGACACCCGCAAGGGCUUCACAGACUACUUAUACCACGAGUUGGAUCGGCAUGGAAUCAGGACUUUCAGGGACGAUCCACAGCUUGAAAGAGGCACAGCCAUCUCUAAGGAGCUCCUCACAGCAAUCAAGCAAUCGAUGUCUGCGAUCGUUGUUCUUUCACCAAACUAUGCUACUUCAAAGUGGUGCUUGUUUGAACUGUCUAAGAUUCUAGAAUGCAUGGAGGAGAGGGGAACAAUUCUGCCAGUCUUUUAUGAGGUGAAUCCCUCUCAUGUGAGACAUCAAAGGGGCAGCUUUGCUGAAGCGUUUCAAGAACAUGAAGAGAAGUUUGGGGAAGGUAAUACGGAGGUGGAAGGGUGGAGAGUUGCUUUAACCAAAGUGGCCAGUCUCGCUGGAUGGACUUCAGAGAAUUAUAGGUAUGAAACAGAGCUUAUCAGAGAGAUUGUACAAGCACUGUGGAGCAAAGUGUAUCCUAGUCUCGCUGUAUUUGGUUCCUCAGAGAAGUUAGUUGGAAUGGAUACUAAGCUGAAGGAAAUAGAUGUUCUUUUAGAUAAAGAAGUAAAUGAUGUUCGCUUUAUAGGGAUAUGGGGGAUGGGUGGUAUCGGUAAGACAACCCUUGCUAGACUAGUUUACGAGAAAAUCUCUCAUCAAUUUGAAGUUUGCAUCUUUCUUGCUAAUGUCAGAGAGGCUUCCAAAACCACCCAUGGUCUAGUUGAUCUACAAAAACAAAUUCUUUCGCAAAUCUUGAAGGAAGAAAAUGUUCAACUAUGGAAUGUUUAUAGUGGAAUAGCUAUGAUAAAGAGAUGUUUCUGUAAUAAAGCGGUUCUUCUAGUUCUUGAUGAUGUGGAUCAAUCAGAGCAAUUGGAAAUCUUGGUAGGAGAAAAAGACUGGUUUGGUUUAAGGAGUAGAAUCAUCAUUACAACCAGAAACCGACAUGUACUAGUCAGACAUGAUAUAGAAGAACCAUAUGAGUUGAAGGGACUAAACCAAGAUGAAGCUCUUCAGCUCUUUAGUUUGGAAGCCUUUGGGAAAUGUGAGCCUGAAGAAGAUUAUGCAAAACUGUGUAAGCGUUUUGUUACGUAUGCUGCAGGUCUUCCGCUCGCUCUUAAAAUUUUGGGGUCUUUCUUGUACAAAAGAAGUUUAGAUUCAUGGAGUUCUGCAUUUCAAAAACUAAAACAAACUCCCAACACAAAAGUUUUUGAAAUACUGAGAGUAAGUUUUGAUGGACUUGAUGAUGAGGAGAAGAGAAUUUUUCUGGACAUCGCUUGUUUCCACGAGCUGUAUCAUGAUAAGUCUAUGAUUGAACACAGUUCCAAGUCUUGCUCUCGUAUUGUAAUAGAUGUUCUUGCUGAAAGAUCUCUCUUAACUAUUUCACACAACCAGAUAUAUAUGCAUGACUUGAUACAAGAAAUGGGAUGUAAAAUUGUUUGUCAAGAGAAUGCAGAGCCUGGAAGACGCAGUCGGUUGUGGCUUCGCAAAGACAUUUUUCAUGUAUUCACAAACAAUACGGGAACAGAAACCAUUGAAGGCAUAUUUUUAAACUUGGCUGAAUUAGAAGAGGCAGAUUGGAAUCUUGAAGCCUUCUCUAAAAUGUGUAAACUGAAGCUGCUCUACAUUCAUAAUUUGAGGCUUUCUGUUGGCCCAAAAUUUCUUUCUAAUGACUUUAGAUUUCUGAGUUGGAGUUGGUAUCCUUCAAAAUCUCUCCCACCAUGUUUUCAACCAGAUGAACUUACUGAACUCAGUUUGGUUCAUAGCAAUAUCGAUCACCUCUGGAAUGGAAAAAAAUACUUGGGCAAGUUGAAAGCCAUCGAUCUUAGUUACUCCAUAAACUUGACAAGGACUCCAGAUUUCACAGGUAUUCCAAAUCUUGAGAAGUUGGUUCUUGAAGGUUGUACCAAUUUAGUUCAGAUUCACCCAUCCAUUGCAUUGCUCGAGAGACUCAAAAUUUGGAAUUUUAGAAACUGCAAAAGUAUAAAGAGUCUACCAAGUGAAGUAAAUAUGGAGUUUCUCGAAACAUUUGAUGUAUCUGGCUGCUCAAAAUUGAAAAUGAUUCCAGAAUUUGUGGGGCAAAUGAAAAGAUUAUCAAAGCUUUGUUUAGGUGGGACUGCUGUUGAGAAACUGCCUUCAUUAAUUGAGCAGUUGAGUGAGAGUUUGGUGGAGCUUGAUUUGAGUGGAAUUGUUGUAAGAGAUCAGCCAUACUCCCGUUUUCUUAAGCAGAAUCUCAUAGCAUCAUCGUUUGGCUUAUUUCCAAGAAAGUGUCCUCAACCUUUGGUUCCUCUGUUAGCUUCCUUGAAGCAUUUCUCUUCUUUGACGGAAUUAAUUCUGAAUGACUGUAAUCUCUGUGAAGGAGAAAUUCCCAAUGACAUUGGUUCUCUGUCCUCCUUAGAGUGGUUGGAACUCAGAGGAAACAAUUUUGUUAGCCUUCCGGCAAGCAUUCAUUUGCUUUCUAAGCUUGAAUAUGUUAAUGUGGAGAAUUGCAGAAGGCUUCAACAAUUGCCAGAACUUCCGCCGGGAAAUGACUACGGCGACGGCGUCAGGGUGGUAACCGACAAUUGUACUUCCUUGCAAGUGUUUCCAGAUCCCCCAGAUGUGUGCAGAUCAUCGGUUUUUUCGCUCAGUUGCGUCAAUUGCUUGAGUACGGGCGGUAAUCAAGAUGCUAGUUAUUUUUUAUAUUCAGCGCUAAAGCGGUUGGUUGAGGAAACCCCUUGUUCUUUUGUACGCUUUGACUUUGUAGUCCCUGGAAGUGAAAUUCCAGAGUGGUUCAAUAAUCAAAGUGCGGGAGACUCGGUAACUGAGAAGUUACCUUCGGAUGCAUGUAAUAGCAAGUGGAUUGGGUUUGCUCUGUGCGCUUUAAUUGUACCUCAAGACAAUCCGUUUGCCAUUUUUGGAUACCCCCAUUUAAAUCCUGAUACCUUUCAUAUUGGUUGUCGCUGGAACAAUUAUGGUACCGAUUUGGUAGGUGUUGAUUUGCCUGUAAAACAAUUUGUUUCAGAUCACCUUUUGUUAGUUGUUUUGCCAAGCCCUUUCGGGAAACCUCUCACGUGUCUGGAGGUUAAUUUUGUUUUCGAAGUCAGACAAGCUGUAGAAUACAACAGAUGCAUGAAGGUGAAGAAAUGUGGGGUCCGGGCACUGUACGAGCACGACACGGAGAAGCUGAUCAGUAAAAUGAACCAAUCCAAGAGCAGCAGCAUCUCUCUUUACCAGGGUAUGGAAGAACAAGAAGGUGCCUCUGACGACGAAUAUUACUCUGCAGCAGAAGAAGAAUGAAACAAUUUUACAAGACUGCUGUUUCUCUAUUCUAAAGCACGGGAGCCUGGUGAACAGUAACACCACAGUGCUUUGACUGUUUUGCCCCUGGAUGAUUAUAAUUUGGCAGAGAGAGAGAGAGGUGAUUCGGUUUUGCUGAUUGUUGCUCGCUUCUGCAAUUGUUUGUGUUCGUCCCUUUUCCUCAAACUACUGUAGGAAUGAGGGGUUGAUAAGAAAUCAAGCAAUGUUGCCUCGGAGCCAAACUCAAAGCGUUUGUCACCAAAGGCUUCAAGUGACCAUCCUGAUGAUGAAAGAGGGACUGACAAGAGGAAUGGUGUGAAGGCAAGGAACAACGUGUGGCAAUAUCAACUGUUGCAAAUAUGUGCAAGAAACUUCCUUCAGAUGCAACUGACUUUGGGAUGGAAGCUGUCCCAUUAUUGACAAUCUUCUGCAAUAUCAUGGUCCCAAUGAUAGGACUUGCAAUGGGUCAGUGCAGUUGAUUUCAUGGAUACAUUGCACAAAUUUGGGUGGUUAUCUUACUCCUGGUACACGCUCGAUUCAGGAAUUGUUCCACUUCCUAACUUCCUAUGGAACCUGCCAUAUAUAUUACAUGUAUACAACUUCAGACUUAUAAGACCUGAUACAAGGCUGUAUGUUGUUACUGGAAAGCCUAUCAGCAACAGCAAAUCUCCUCCUUUAUACAACAAAGAAUUCAAGUCAGUAGGUUUCGAUGAAGUUUAUGUAAAUUCUUUCGGUACAAUUCAAGUUAGUAGGUUGAGUCAGUUGACGACAUUGCAAAUUUUCUUCCUACUUGCUGAUCAACUGACUUUAUGUGGAUUCGUGGAUCAGUAGGUUUCAUUGAAGUUAGUAGGAUUCAAGUUAGUAGGUUGAGUCAGUUGACGACAUUUCAAAUUUUCUUCCCACGUUCUGAUCAAUUGACUUGUGUGAAUUGAGGUUCGCAUUUGUAUCAAGUUAUAUAUCCCUAGUAUAGACUAGAAAUAGAAAUAUCUUUUUUCCAAGUUGUUCUUGCUGUUUACUAUAUAUGAAAUACUAGAAG